AUGACAUCCUCCUCUCACACUGACUCUUCCUCUCCGUUAAACCCGCGUCGUCGCGCUCUCUAUCACUCUCACGUCCUCCGACGUCUCCCGAAAUUCGCCUCCGCGUUUGCGUACGGCGCGAGCAUUUUAACGCCAAACAUCCCAUCGCAAAUGCUCGACUACAUCAUCGUCGUCGACGACGCUCGCGAAUGGCACGAAGUAAACAUGCGUUUGAAUCCCUCGCACUAUUCGAGAGUUUUACGUCUCUUCGGAGCGAGUGCUGUCGAUGCGGUGUCGAACACUAUCGGCGUUGGGGUACAUUUCAACGCGUACGUGGACAUUGAAACUCCGAAUUUGGAGGCGUUCAAGCAGACGAGAUAUAAAUACGGCGUCGUCGAGCGGAGGACGAUUGAAAGGGACGUGGAAGGAUGGGAUAAUUUGUUUUUAGCUGGUAGGAUGCAAAAACCGUACGAGCGGGUGAUGGGUGUAAGAGAAGAAGAAGAAGAUGAUGAUGAUAAUGAUGAUGAUAACGGUCUCGCGUUAGAUGCGUUGAACGGUAAGAAGAACAAGAGAGCGGCGUUGGCAUACGCUUUGUUAGUUUCGAGAGGAAGUGGGAAAAGUAAAGGGACGACGACGGUCGAAGAACGGGAUUUGUACGAAACUAUUGCGAAUUUGAGUUACGAUGGUGAUAUAAGACAUGUUUUUGGUGCGGAAGAUGCGCAGAAAGCGAGGAGGAUUGUGGACGGGUCGUUCGAGAAGAUGCGAGAGUGGUACGAAGAGAGUUUUCGAGAUUUUCGAGACUCGUUGGACGUGAUUGAUUACGACGUGGAUUUGGAUUCGAACUCGUUGUCGUCGUCGUCGUCGUCAUCGUCACCAUCACAGAAACCACGAGUACUCACUCACGAUCAUUCUCCGCAAGCGACGAGAAAGCUCCUCGCGAUGCUCCCUCCGCCUUUUUUGGAAACCAUGGUCGCCGGUGACUUGAGAAAGUUGGAUAUGGUUUCCCGAGAGGCAAACGCGGAGACCAUCGCGCGUUCUAUCCGAGAAACUUCACGAGAUAUCGUUCGUAAAAGUUCGCUCAGACAAUCCAUCUCUGCGGCACUGACGACAGAUGUAGUCAAAGUAGUAACGUACGCGUACCAAAAGUUUAGCAAAUACAGAAUAGAGUAG